GCCGGGGCGCGAAGGUCGGGCGGCCGUCAGGCGGGCGCGGGGCCGAGAGGACGGACCGCCGCGGGCAAUCUCCGCUGCUGCGUUCCGCCGGGCCGAGGCCGGUUCGCUCGGACGGCACCGGAUCCGCCGGGCGGGGAAGCGGCGCUGCCGGCGCGUCGCCUCUCUCUCUCCGCGGACGGCCGGGCGCUGUCGCUGCCUCGGCCGGCCUCUCCCGGUGGUCCCGUUGGGGUCGGCCUGGAGGGACUAGGGAAGCCAAGCUGGGCAGGCGGACGGCAGAUGCCCCGGAGCUCCCCCGCGCACCUGCCCCGGCUCUGCCCCGACGCCCAGCCCGCCCGGCUGCCCUGGUCAGGGGAGGCCCCGCUGCCUUGCGGAGAGCUCCGCCGAAGGGCCCGGUUGUCAGCCCCGAGGGGCGUCUCGGGCGGGGCUUUUCGCGCUCUGCUCUCGCCAUCCGACUUUUCCCGGGCUGCGCGUUGGGCGAUCCUGCCGGGCGGCGCUUCGCUGCAGCUCCGGGAGAUUCGUCUCCCCACGUCGGCCAGGAGGCGAUAGGAGCGCUUGACGCCAAGUGCCUCCGGUGGGACCGCCCCGUGGCAAGGAGGCUGGCUCCCCCCGCGGCCGCUGCUUUGUCAGCCGGCCGGAGCCCUGGUCGGCUGGCCGUGGCUGCCCAGACAGAAGCAGAAGCAAUUGUGGGUGUCGCCUUUCCUCCGCCUUCCUUUUAAAACCGCCUUGUUCAUUCAGAGGAAUGACUUCUAGGGUGUUAACGAGCAUGCUGUGGUCUGUGGGAAUUAUGAAGUCCUCUCCCAAUGGUUUCUGGCAGCGGCAGCAGGACCGGGUGACCCCCCCCAAGCUGGCAACACAGGAGAGCCCAAAGAACCUUCCGAAUGCCAAGGCCGGGUCUUAUGGAGUCACCAUCCGGGUCCAAGGGAUCGAUGGCCAUCCCUACCUCGUGCUCAACAACACUGAGGGAUGUUUGUCAGCAAAUCUCUUGGGGUCUGAAAAUGGCCAGCAGGUUGCAGCUGAUCAGCCAGCACCAGAUUCUACUUUUCCUGCCAUUGGACGAGUCAAGAACAGCCAGGAAGGAAGGCCCAUCGGCGGGCUUUGGGAUAAUGCACCACCCUGCUGGAUUAAAAGCCUGAAGCAGGCCAGCAGGGAGGAGGGGAAGAAAACAGCCUCACCUUUAAAAGGUGAGAUUUCCCAGGCCUCCAAUUUGCUGAACUUCCAGAAAUAUCCAGAGCUGCUUCAACCCUAUAAUCCUGCAAACAGCAUCUUGAAUCCGAAGGACCUUCAGCCUCGCCUGCUUGGCAAAUCCCAGUCUCUUGAGGAUGAAGGGAAAUUGGGUUCCAGGCCGUGGAACUCAUCUUUGAAGGUAGCACUGGAUGACUCAGCCCCCCAGUUUGCAGAACUGGCUAAAUCAAAAGUGAAAGUAGACUUGGCCAAGCCCAACCAGAACCAGCAGCAGCUGGAAAGCCCCCAGGUUGCCGACCGUCCUGGUGGAAGGCAGGAACCACUCUCUCCUGGGGCUGGAUCUUCACCUACUGCGAGUUCCUCUGCCUGCUCAGGUCCUAGGAGGUGCAGACCAGACCUCCUGCCUUUCCGCCAGCCGGACUCAGCAGGAGCAGCCCUGAAUGGCUCCCAGAAAUCUACAUCUUCAUCCACUACUCCAACUUCUGCUGUCUCCACAACCAGAUUUUUUCUAGAUGACCAAGAAUACGCCAUCUAUGCCGACCAUGUAAACCGGCAUGAAAACCGGCGUUAUAUCCCAUUUUUGCCUGGAACUGGCCGUGAUAUUGAUACUGGCUCCAUUCCUACAGUUGAAGAGCUGAUUGAAAAGUUUGACAGGAAAGUUUGUCCCCAAAGAAGGGGAAGAUUAGGGUUCAGGACUCGAACUCUUCCAGAGAAUCAUAGGCGAUCCAAGAGUGUAGACAGCGCCCUGUUUCAUGCACCGCAUUCUGAUUGCAUCGGUGACUUCACCAAUACCUUGGGAAGGUCGUCCGAGCAUUUGGUCCAAUCCUCCCAAGUUUGUUUGCAGAAGCCGCUGUCUCCAGAGAAGAAGGCAGCCUCUCUUGGGGAUCAGAUGGCCCCUUGGGCGGCAGGCAAGCUCCAAACAACCCCAGGAAUGAGAGAUUCUCCCAGCAGCCACUUUAGUUCCUUGCAGCAUCUUAGACGUGAUCAAAUGGACCCAGAGAGUUUGCCUUCUAAGUCUUCCACUCUUCCAAGGCAGUGUAAAAAAAGAGACCAUAAAACUCCGGCCUCCACUCUCUUGUUACCAAACAGCACUGUGAGUCAGAAUCAGUCGAUGGAAACUUUUGCUUCUGGUUCGAAAAAUGCUCAGGUGACACCUGACCUGCUCAAGGGCCAGCAGGAACUCGCACAGCAAAGCAAUGAAGAGACAGCCAAGCAGAUUCUCUACCACUAUCUCCAGGAAGGGUCAGUGGGCUUGCAUGAGGCCCUGCUUAUGGCAUGUACCAGCGAAAACGAGGAUGCAACCAAGAGGAAAGUCAACUUGGUAUUUGAGAAAAUCCAGACCCUGAAGUCCAGAGCAGCUGGGAGUCCCCAGACAUCUGAUGCUUCAGUGGAAGUCAACGUGUUAGUGGGAGAGAAAAAGCGGUUGAUAAAGGAGGUUUCUGAGCUACAGAGGAAGCUGGACUUGGAAUUCAAGAAUCAGCAGAACUUCAAAGCUGAAAGGCAGACAAUGGAAGCAGAGCUUCAGAAGCUUCGGCAACAGCUUAAAGAAAAUAUGGAGGAGAAAGACACUUUCAGGAGGCAGCUGAAGGAAAGUGAGAAAGACCUUAGAGAAAACCUGGAGGAGCUUUUCCAAGUGAAAAUGGAACGGGAGCAGCAUCAGAGAGAGAUCCGAGACUUGCAGGAUCAGCUUUCCGAGAUGCAUGAUGAACUGGACACUGCGAAGCGCAUGGAGGACAGCGCAAAGGAUUUACUCGUAGAGGAAUUGAUGCAAGUGAAGCAGGAGCUGCAGGAGCUGCAGGAGCUCAGAGACCAGCAAGAAGAGGCCCUGAAGAGACGCGAGCGGGAGCUGAUGGCCUUGAAGAGUGUCUUGAAGGUAGAGAUGGCUAACCAAGAUCGAGAGAUGGGCCACCUCAAGGAGCAGCACAUCCGGGAGCUCCAGAGCUUGGGAGACAGUCUGGCCAAAGCUACAGAGAAAAUUGGCACCCUGUCCGGUGCAAAGGCUGAAGCUGAGAAGGAGCAAAGGAGCCAAGAAGACCGCGUGGCUGGGAUAGCUGAGCAAAACAGGCAGCUGAGGAAAACCCUGGGGCAGCUGGAGAAGAAGCAGCAAGGGCUGGAGCUGGAGCUGGAGGAUUUGAGUGGAAGCAAGGAGGAAGCCGAGGAAAGGCUGAGGAGAUGCAUGAGAGAGAUGCAGUCUUUGGUCCACGCCAAGGAGGAAGCCCACCAGCUGGCCUCAGCCAAGGUGUCUUUGGAAGCCCAGCUGGAGGAUGCCCAGAAGCAUCUCAGUCGGCUGAGCCAGGAGCAGCAGCAGCUAAUGGGUUGUCUGGAAGAUGAAGCUUCCCAAAAAGAUCAGCUACAGAAGACAAAACGUGAACUGGAGAAUGAGCGGCAGCAGCUGGAUAGAACGGUGGAAACGCUGCAGAAGGAGAUGGUGGAAAUCAUUAAAGUGUCCCAGGAAUCAACCCAGCAGCUCCAGAAGCAGCUUGAUGAGUACAAGGAGAAGAACCAGCAGCAGCUGGUAGAUUCACAGCAGCAGCUGAAGGACAAAACCCUGGAGCUAGAAAAGGCCUACCAGGCAAUCCUCAAAAUGCAAGAGCAGGUACGUUUUAUGGAAGAUGAAUUACAACGUCACAAAAAAGCCCAAAAAGAAGCCCUCACAAAGACUCAACUUCUGGAAGACACUGUGAAGAACUUGGAAUAUGAACUGGAAACUAAAAGCCACUUGAAAGAAGACCGGGCAAGACAGGCCAAGAUACUGCAGGACAAAAUAUCCCAGCUGGAGUUGGAGCUCGAAGAAGAACGAAGCAAUUCCGGCAUCCUGUCUGGGAGGAUUAGCAGGGACCGAGAGCAGAUUGAGCAAAUGAGGAGUGAUCUCCUUCAGGAAAGGACAGCCAAGCAAGAGCUGGAGGGCAACAAGACCACCUUGGAAAGGCAGAACAAAGAGCUGAGAGGCCGGAUCCUCCAUCUGGAAGGUUCUCGCAAGCCCAACAAGGAAGGCCUCCUGGCCCAGAUGGAAACCCGCCUCCUGGAGCUGGAGGAGCAGCUGGAGAGUGAGGAAAGGGACCGAGGUCACCUCCAGUUGACCAAUCGCCGACUGGAGAGGACAGUGAAGGAGCUCCUGAUGCAAGUGGAUGACGAGCACCUCUCCCUGACAGACCAGAAGGACCAGCUCAGCUUGCGCUUGAAGGCCAUGAAGCGGCAGGUGGAGGAAGCCGAGGAAGAAAUAGACAGGCUGGAGAACAGCAAGAAGAAGCUUCAGAGGGAUCUGGAAGACCAAGUGGACCUUAACAACCAGCUGCAAGGACAGCUGGCCACCAUCCGGCAGGACCUCAGACGCCAGAAGACUUCCAGUAAGCUGCUGAGUGACUUUGACUGUGAGGACGAUGGCUUCAGCACCGAUGUGGAGAGCCUUUUUGAUGCCCCCCUGGGGUUGACGUCUUUCAAGCACAGCAACAGCAAAGCCAAGAGGGACGCCAGCCAGCCUUAAUGGCCGAGAGUCAAGGCUGUACGGAAUCAAGACACCGCCGGCUGCAGGAAUCAUAGCAUCAGGUGACCUUGACUCCUUUUUCUGAGACAGGCCAUGUUCAGAUUUAUUUCAGAAAUAAACAUUUGUGAACAAAAAGGAGCUGGCCUUUCAGUUCACAGAUUCAGGACUUCAGGACUUCCAGCUCUGAGCACCUCACUGACACCAGACUGCUCCUAAGCCAAGGUCUUCUUUUGGAAGCUGUUUCUAACGAGGGGAGGGAGGAAGGGUGUCACCUUGUUACUAGAGCAGAGGAAGGAAUAUACAAAGCAGGAGAUAAGGAUGUACAUAUUUUUUAAUCAAGAGUUUUUGGAACUCUUGCAACAUUUUUGUAUAAUUUCAUGUUUCCAUCAAUAGCGCAGAAAUCUAUAUUAAGUGUCAUAUCAUCCAUUAGCUUUAAAACCCUAUUGCAGUAAAUGUCAUUUGUUCAGCAAACAUGUUUAUGGGCUGGCUGAAGGAGAGCAGCAUGACCUUCGGAAGUUGAAAAAAGCAGGACAUUCUACAACACCCAGAGCUGUUUCUGCUCAGGAAACCUGUUCCCUGUUCCCUGUCUCUGCUCCCUCACUCCGACUUCCAGGGAUUGGAUCCAUCGGGAGACAGUUGACAUAUCCUGAUCUUGCACACUUUAGAAAAAAGACCUUUACUCUGAUGUGAAUUCCCUCGGCCUUGGCAGGACGUGCAACAAUCACUCUGUUGGGUUUCUCUUCUCUUGCUCAAGAGCAGCUCCCUUGUCCCGAGGCCCAGCACCCCAAGGACCCUGAGCCUUGGCGGCAAGGAGCAGCCUCAGGUGCAGAGAAGCAGGGCUGAACUUGCCUGCUAGAGCCAAGGCUGCCGUUUGGGUUCAGAGCUGAAACAGCUGCUUUGCUAUUCAAGGAUGGCGAGACCUGCUCCUCUGGUAGGUUAUAAAGGACUCUCUGAGAAGCAUAUCGGAAAAGGCACUUCUGUUUUCUUGUCUUCUAGUUUUAAUUGUAUUACCUGUAAACGGCAUUUGGAAGAACGUACCAGUAUUUCCAAAAGUUUCUACUGCAAUCGCAUUUUUAUCCUUUCACCAAAUCUUUGCUCUGUUGGGACAAUCUUUAAUGAAGAAAUAAUAGUAUCAGUAGCUCUGAAAUUGUUCUCUUCUAUAACUUCAUUAAAGUGUUCAAUUCAAAA